AUGAAGUCUACAAUGUGCUUCCUUCUCAUCUCCAUCUUCCUUCUCCAGUUGAUGAUCCCAGUGAACACGCAGCAUUCCUUAGACACUUUGGUGAAUGAAAUGAUCAAGGAAAAUAUGAGCUCAUUAGAGUAUCCUUUCUUGACAGAGACUAAGAAGCUCUCCUGCACUAGUGUCAAAAGUGAAGGCAGACUGGCCACCUGUCCUGCUGGUAUGGCUGUCACUGGUUGUGCUUGUGGCUAUGGCUGUGGAUCUUGGGAUAUCAGGAACGGAAAUACUUGCCACUGCCAGUGCUCUGUCAUGGACUGGACCACCGCCCGCUGCUGUCGAAUGGCCUAAGAAUUAGGAGGUUGAGAACCCAGGUUUUAAAUGAUGACCAUAAUGAAACCAUGGUGUCAACCAGGAAACCUGACUCAUUGUCUUCAUAAUGAAUUCAUAUUACCCAAUAGUUCUUCUUAAGUAAUAAAAACUGAUCUAUA